AAAAAAAAGGCGCUAGAGAAAAUGCCAGAAAUUAUUGUUGGGCAUUUCCUUCUCUGACAAUUGGGAUAGUCUCUCUUCCUGACAAACCAAUCAACCCCAUUCUCCAUAUCCACUGAACUUUCUGUAUUGGAUUUGAGCCACUUGGUUUCAUUACAAAGAAUGCUCUUUUACCGCUUCUAAUAUAUUACUUGACAGUUAAGGCGGUUGCUCUUCAAAACUUAUCUUGAUUGCUCAUUUUCUCCCAAAGAUUUUCCGACAAGUCUGAGAUGGGCCGCCGGGAGGUCGCCGCCGGGUCUGCUUCCAUCUCCGCUGAAUCCAGCUUCCGCAAACUUGACGAUGUCUUCUUACAGACUCAGACGAGGAUAUGGCUAAGUGAAGUUCUGAAUGUGAGCCUGUUGAAUGAAGAGUUACCCAUUUCUGAUUUGCUCGCUGAUGGAGAAAUUCUGUACGAGGUGUCUAAAGUUAUAUGGGACAUGUUGUUGGCAAAGACUCCAGAGCUUAGGCAUAUAAAAUAUAAACCACUUCAUUCCCAGAAAAGCAGUGGGAGGUUCAGGCCAUAUUCUAAUGUUGACUCAUUUCUAAAGAUUUGCAAAAUUCUGGGAUUGAAUAGCAUUGAUCUCUUAUCCCCAUCAGAUGUUGUGGAAAGAAGAAAUGCUCGAAAAGUUUGCAUUUGCAUAAGGACAGUGUCAAAGAAAGCCAGGUCAAAACAUUUAAAGGUUCCUGACUUUGAUAUGGUAACAUAUACUGUUUCUAUGCCAAAAGAUAUGGUGGGUUGCAUCAGAAGAAGCUGGGAAACAUCACAACAUAGUGUUUCAAGUUCCUCUAGUUACUGUUCAUAUAAAGAUCAUCAAAGACGGAAAGUUAGGGAGUAUGAUUCUUGGUCAGAAGAAUCUGAUGAAGCAGAAAGCAAGUACAAUGGAAAGCAUCAUUGGAUUUCAGAUCGUGACAAUUCACCCGGAGCAGAGAGCAGAACAAAGCAGAGAAUGUUUCACUCACAUAAAGUCAACUUCGACCGUGUUGACUGUAGUCCGGGGAGUUAUGCAUCUGUGCAGGACUCUAAUUUUGAAAAUGAAGAAGGAAACUAUAUAUCUGAUUAUCUAGCAUUUUCAGACUCAGUUAUUUGUGGAACUGAUGGAAAUGGCCCUGUUUUGUUGGAAGGGGAAGAUAAUAAUAUUUUUAACUUUUUUACGGGUAAAGAUUCCUGUUGGUCAAAGACUGGUCAACGUGUAUUGGAUUCCGAUGAUACUGACGACCUGGAGGUAUCGUCCACGGCUAGCAUGAGCUCUUUAUUAGGAAGGGUGCUUAAUUUGGAAUAUGAUGACCGAUUUGACUUAGAUGGCUCUUUAAAUGGAGAAUCCCAUAAUGAGAUGCUGGAUAAUGGUGUGGUGACUAAAUACGAAACAUAUCAUAAAUCUGGCAAGGUAUACUCAGUUGAUUUGGAGGAAAGAUGCCUUAGUGGUUUUCAGAGUAGGGAAAUGGAUAGUAACAAUCAGAAUUUGGCCAUUCCUUCAAUUUCUUGUGAAGCUGUAGCAAAAAAGCUGCCGCAUUCACUUUCUGCUGUCAAAGAAUCAAAAGAUGAUUCAUCUGUUCCUCCUCCGUGCACCGAGUUCCCUAAUGAGGUUGACGGAAAGCUUAGAGACACGGGCCUUGUGGCAGAAAAGGUAUCACGUGAGGAAGACAAGAGAGAUGAUGAUGGAGUGUCGAAUGAAAAGGUGCGGCCAAUGCCAUUCCUGCUGCACACGGUUGCUGGAGGAACUGCAAUUUUUGGUUUCAUGUUUCUGCUGCUUCAUCAUCUUAGGAGAAGAGGCGACGAGAAAAGUGAUGCAAACCGGAAACCGCCCCCAAACAAGAAGUUUGUAGGCAGGGAUAUCUCUUACAAGAAUGGACGCAGUGAAAUCAGUAAAGAGAGGAUUUAUCCUGCAGAAAAACUGAAGUUCAAGAACUAAUAAGCCUCCUCAAGUUCUGUAGACACUUUAUUAGCAUCCACCACAGUGAAUGUAUUAAAUUACCUCAGUUCUGUUAUUAUCCUGAGAUUUUUUUUUUAAAUUUUCCUCAGGGAACUACUUAAAUUUUAUAUGUUGGUAGAGCUAGUUUGUACUUGUACAGUUUUACACUUAUACUGUUUGGUGAUGGUGCUAUACGUUCCAAAACUGAAAAUAUAGAAUAUUCCCAGUUGGAUUAUUUUCGUAUUUUUUUCAUUUUUACUGUCGAUAA